AUGGCGGCCGCCCUGAGGGCCCAAACGCUGACCCUGACAGUCCCAAAGGCCCGUCGUCCACGCUUCGACCUCAAACUAAAGAUAUUCGACCUGAACAACGUCCCCCUGGUAUCCGGCACCUGCUUCGUCAAAUGGCACCUCCCCUCUUCGAGCGCUGCCGAACAUCGCGGUCGCACCACCAAGUGUAACAUUAAAGAUCACAAGGUCGUCUUCGACUACGAGAAACAGACUCCCGUGCGCCUUGUUAUUGGCAAGGACCAGAUGUUGCAAGAGCUAUGGAUUCAUCUCGAGAUCAUACAAGAAUAUUCUAGUAGCGGAAAAGGAGAGCGCAUAACUCUGGGAAACAUCAAGCUCAACCUCGCCGAAUAUGUCGACACCAAUGACCACAAUCACGACUCGGAAGAAGGCGUCACCCGACGCUACCUCAUGCAGGACAGCAAGAUCAACAGCACUCUGAAGAUUUCACUACAGCUCAAGCAUCUCGAGGGUGAUCGAAAUUACUAUGCUCCUCCACUGCGCACUGCUCCUGUCUUUGGUGGAAUUGCUGGCAUAAUGUCUUCCGAGGUCACAGAAACUACCGAAGAGGGCAGUACCAUGCCUUCGCUAUUGAGUAAGAGCCGCGAGCACGGCGAGUUACAAGACAUGUACCGUCGGACACUAGCCGCAUCUUGGGUGGCUCAGCCAGGGGAACUAAGAGCCGACGACUGCAUCAAGGACAUCUUCGCUGGUGGUGAUGGCUGGGGCUCACAUCUGGACCACGUCCAACACAACCACCACCUCAACCCCAACAGCGAUGAAGACAAAUCCAAUUCAGCCAAUCUCACCCCAAAGGAACACUCUUCCAAAUCUCCGCGGUCUAAAAGCCCUCUGCAUGGCCAUCAUCGCAACGUCAGCAAGGAAAGCGUGCAAUCCGACAGGCGCAAAGGCUUUGAUGGCUGGUCCAAAGACAACUCUGCCAAUGGCAAUGUAGGCAAACACGGCACUUUUGGAGGCCGAAGUAGUCUUCAUCAGCAAGCCAUGAAACUCGAGCAAGAGUCUGCCAAACGCAAACAGAAACUUGGCCAUAACGAGGUUGACGAGUUUGAUAAUCCAUGGCGAGAAGAUAUGAUAUCGUGGAAAGUCGGCAGAUCGACCAUGAUUUAG